AUGUCCUCGGAAUCCGUUGUCUACGGAGCCUGUAACUGCGGAGCAGUCACGAUCACGAUCCCUCAGAGCUCCCUCCCCAAGUCGAGUUUGGCCUGCCACUGCCGCAACUGUAAGAGUUCAUCGGGCUCGCUAUUCUCACUGAACUUGGUCGUUCCAACCAAAGACGUGACUAUCACUGGAAAGCCAAAUAACUACAAGGAAAAGGAGUGUGCGUCAGGCCAUCACAUGAGCCGCUAUUUUUGCCAUACGUGUGGGUCUGCAAUCAUGUCCAUUGUCUCCGAGGACCCGAGUGUGGCGUAUGUGAAGACGGGUGUACUGGCCAAGUCUGGGAUGGAUCUACCUCCCCCUAAAGUACAAGCCUGGUGGCGGCGGGCAGAGGCAUUCGAGAAGCCGUUUUUAGAGUGUGAUACUGUUGAGUGA